AUGGGGAGGUGGGGGAGGGGGGGGGGUGGGGGUGGGGAUGGGGAUGGGGAUGGGGAUGGGGAUGGGGAAGAGGAGGAGAGGAGGAGGAGGGAGACGAGUGGGCGGUUGUUGAGGAAGGCGGCGAGGGAGUACAAGGUCAUGUUGCAAGCUGUCGGGUCGAUACCGCUGGCCGAGGGGAGUGAGGCCGUGACGGAGGAGGAGAGAUAUCCUCUUACGAAUCUACUGAGUCUGAUCCAUUACAAUCGGAUUCUCUUCCUCCGACCGAGCGGGUUGAUACUGGACUCCACGCCUCUGGACCUGCUAUUCACGCUGCCGAUGGAGCAACCUCUACUUGGCCUCUCGGCUCCUGAAGACGGGAGCAUGCAACCCGCGAUACUCCUCUUCGAACCCUCCAAAGAAACCUACCGGGACGUCAUCUCCUCCCUGCCCGAAGGCGCUUACCCAGACAACGAGUUCCUCCAACGCGUAACGACCACGCCGGCCCCAGCAGACGGCGAGAGUCCAAUGACGUUGCUGGCUCAGACAUCAGCACUGGGCGAUGUGGAUGCGCAAUUCAACGCCACGAGGUUCCUCGACACGACAGCGUACGUCCGACUAUCGGACCCGGGUCUGCCAGGACCGGAGUACGACAUCCCGAGGCAGGAUUACGUGCGAGCGAUGCCCGGGUCGAAAGAGGCUAGGCGGGCGUGGGAGGGGGUGUAUGAGAGGUUCAGGGACGCGAGGAUGGGGAUUUGCGGGUUGGAUUUGGAGCGCGUUGAGAGGCAGAGAUCGGAGAUGGACGACGUCGUUGCCAGGAGAAAACGUUGA